UUUACUACAAUGUCAAAUCUUAUGCAGAUAAUUCUAGCUCUUAGCUUUAUAAUGAUGGUAUAUUCACUUGAUAGUUGCCCUAAUAAAUGCGGCAAUGUUCAUGUUCCAUAUCCGUUUGGCAUCAAUGACACAUCUGCUAUUAUUGUGAAUUCUGCAUGUGCCAUGAAUGAAUCCUUCAUGUUCUUAUGUGAUUCAACAGAGGAUCCUCCUCGUCUUUAUUUUGGCUUGAAUCUCCCUAUUCGGGAUAUAUCUCUGGAGAAAGGGACCAUCACCAUCGGCACGUAUGAAUCUUUUGAUUGCUACAAUAAAUCGGGGCAGACUCAUCAUUUUAAUUACUGGGUGAGUUUAGGAAGUGGCCCUUUCACGUUAUCCGACACCCGAAACAAGCUGACGGCUGUCGGAUGCGAUACUACAGCCUUCAUGACUGAUGGAGUAACGUUUGGCAGUGGGUGCAUAUCUUUAUGUUUCGGGAACGAAAAGCUUGAUUCUUGCUCGGGUAUUGGUUGCUGUCAGACAGCUGUACCAAGAAAUCUCAAGUUCAUAAACAUCACCAUUCUAAGCGGAAGCAAUCAUAGCGGAGUGCUCGAAUAUAAUCCAUGUGGGUUUGCGUUUAUAGCAGAUGAACAAACUUUUGAUGUCUCAAAAUUGAGACUUGAUGAUCGUCCAUAUUCCCCUUCUACUAAGGAGUAUGCAACUUCUGAUGUUGUAGUCGAGUGGGUUGCAAGAGAAGAAACAUGCGAACAUGCCCAGUCCAGUUCCAACCGGGAUAGAUAUGUCUGUGGUGAUAAUACUUACUGUACUUACUCCGAAAAUGGCCAGGGAUAUCGAUGCUCAUGCGCACCGGGAUUCACAGGAAAUCCUUAUCGACCACAAGGCUGCCAAGACAUUGAUGAAUGCAAGGAGGCAGUGAAUUACCCGUGUUAUGGUGCGUGCAAGAACACGGUAGGGAAUUACACAUGCCGAUGCCCACUUGGGAUGCGCGGGGAUGGUAAAAUUGGCUGUCAUGGAUUCCGCGUUACAACUAUUUUCACAAUCUCCGGAGCUUUCAUGUUUGUCAUGAUCAUUAGUCUUUUGAUUGUGAUCAUAUGGAGGAAACGAAUAAAAGAGAAGAAUUUCUUAGAAAAUGGAGGUAUGCUAUUAAAGCAUCAACGAGUCAGACUUUUUAGCGAAAAGGAGCUAAAAAAAGCUACAAAAAACUAUGACAUAAGCCAAUUUCUAGGCGAAGGCGGGUUCGGAUCUGUUUACAGGGGAAGUUUAACAGAUGGCACACAAGUCGCAGUAAAGAAGCCGAAAGAUUUAGACAAAACUCAAAUAAAUCAAGAGUUCCAGAAAGAAAUUGGCAUUGUUUUACAGGUCAACCAUGUAAAUGUGGUAAAGAUCUUAGGCCUGUGUUUGGAGACAAAACAUCCACUGUUGGUUUACGAAUUUAUUUCAAAUGGGAGUUUAUUUCAGCAUAUUCAUCAGAGUAGGUCUCAAAUACUAAGCAGUUGGAAAGUUCGUCUGCGAAUUGCUGCAGAGAUAGCUCUAGCGCUUGAUUAUUUGCAUUCCCUUGCCAAUCCGCCAAUUAUUCACGGAGACGUCAAGUCAGCAAACAUCCUCAUAGAUGAAAAUUACACAACAAAGGUAUCCGAUUUCGGAGCUUCGGUGCUUAUUUCUCCAGGUCAGACAGAUAUGGCUAUGAAAAUACAAGGAACAUUCGGCUACUUGGAUCCGGAAUAUCUCAUGACCGGGAUUUUAACAGAGAAGAGCGAUGUGUAUAGUUUUGGGGUUGUGCUUGUUGAACUCUUGACCGGAGAGAAGCCAAAUCCUAAUGCAAGAUCAGGAUCCAACAGUAACAUCAUUCAAUACUUUCUUUCUUCACUAGAGCGUAAUGAUCUCUCUGAAAUACUUUAUCUCGCUGUAACCGAAGAUGAAUUGGAAGAUAUCAAAGUGUUUGCAGAGCUUGCAAAAUGCUGCCUUAGUAGCAGCGGAAUGAAAAGACCGAGCAUGAAACAAGUAGCUGAAGAUCUUGGUAGGUUGAGACAGUCGAAUGAAAGUUUAUGGGCUCAACAAAACAGCCUUGAGACGGAGCAUUUGCUAGCUGCAAACACGAAUCAACAUGAUACCAUUAUCAUGCCAACAUUUGAUAUUGAUCACUACUACUCUACUGCUAGCCUUUAAAUUUUUCAGUCUUGUAUUAUAGGAGCACUUGCAUUUUCCAAAAAUACAACUAGAAAUCUCCUACAAUUAAGCGAAA